AAAUUAUUCGGGUUUCCGUUUUCUGAUUUCUGCGUUCUUCAACCCUAAAGUAAAGCAAAGCAAAGCAAACCAGAAGCACUCAAAAAGCUUCGUAUAGUUUUCUAUUAAAAACCAGAUUGCAACAUGUCUGAUGUUGCGGAGUAUCGCUGUUUCAUUGGAAAUCUGUCAUGGUCAACAUCUGAUCGAGGUCUAAAAGAUGCAUUUGAGAAAUUUGGCCAUCUUAUUGAGGCAAAGGUUGUUAUGGACAAGUUCUCUGGACGCUCCCGUGGAUUUGGAUUUGUCACUUUUGAUGAAAAGGAAGCAAUGGAGGAGGCCAUCCAUGCAAUGAAUGGCAUGGAUUUAGAUGGCCGACCUAUCACAGUUGACAAAGCACAACCUAACCAAGGUGGCGAUCGUGAUAUUGAUCGCCCGCGUGAUAGGGACCGUGGUCGUGAUCGAGAUCGUCGUGAUUAUGGGGGUGGUCGUGGAUCUGGUGGUGGAGACUGCUUUAAGUGUGGUAAACCAGGACACUUUGCUAGGGAAUGUCCUGAUGAUGGUGGUAGAGGCAACCGAUAUGGCGGUAGAGAUGACAGAUAUGGUGGCAGUGGUGGAGGUGGAAGAGGUGGUGGGCGUUAUGGACCUGAAAGGAAUGGAGAUCGGUUUGGUAGCCGUAACAGAGAUGGUGGUGGUCAUGGGGGAGGUGACCGAUACAAUCGUGAUCGAUCUGGGCCAUAUGACCGUCGUGGUAGUGGAGGUUUUCGCUAAGGGUAGAAUCUGACUGCCACAGAUUGUGGAAGAAUGGAUGUGCUGCUUGUGAUGGAACCAAAUGGCUUGAAGUAUAUUGGAAAAGGAUAUUUUGUCUUCUUGGCAUGUUGGCAAAGUGGAUCAAUCUUUUGAAUUCAUGAAAAUUGGCUCUAAUAUUCUACUAUUUUGUGUUCGUAAGAUGUUCGAUAUAUGGUCUGAUGGGUGGUCUGUCACUCUUGAAUGCUAUUAUUGCUGCUGGUUAUCUGCUUUGUUGAUGGAAAUUUCACUGCCCUUAUUUGCUGCUGGAUGCAUAAUGAUUUCAUACACUGGAAAUUGCACAUCACAAAGUUUUGCAUUAUGUUGGGUGGUUUGAGGACAUACGGUGAGACCUUAAAAUUGGUGAUAGGAAAACCUUGUUCCCCACCUUCAAGUGUGCCUGUCAAUUGAGGUGUAGAGGCUGUCUUACAAGCUGUAUGUCCUAUGUUCUGGUAAAGAAAGAUUUAAACGUGUGAGUAAAUCGGGCGCCGUAAUUGGCCUUUUGGAUACAUAGUGGAUCUGUUUGCUAAUUGGGGGUAGGCUUUUAACAUAAUAAAAUUGAGAAAGCAUUUUGGACAGCAACAAGCCCUCUGGAAGUUAUCGCACUGUUAGUUACUCAUAGCUUCUGCAAGGUGAACUAAGGGAGGAUUAUGCCCAGUUUAAAAUCCUGGCAGUUAUUUAGAUACUCUUGGGGAGUCUGCAACUUUUGUCCACGAUCUUGUUCUGGUCCUCUCUUUGAUUUACUCUCUUUGGGACAAGAGCUUCCUUUCUGUUCUUCUAGUCAGGGCUUUUGUUGCUGAGACAUAUUUCAGUGGUCAAUAUGUGUACGAAGUUGCAGUGUUUUUCCUCUUUCAGUUCGUGGUUCUUGGUAACUGUGCCUUGCAAUCUCAAGGAUGGAUCAACUUUUCAUAAACUCUGUUUGAGACUGCAGCAUUUUCGAGUUAAAUGACUUGUCCCAGCAAUGUCAACUUGUGUUGUUGGGUGAUGAGAGUUCUCUGUCUGUGUAUCUUUUUUGUUUUUCCCAUUGGUCUAUCUUUUAUUAUUUUUCAUGUUAAUCUUAUAGACAAUGGGGGAACGGGAGUUUGGGCAAAUUUUUUUUCUUCGCAAUCCUGCUAAUGGUUGAUGCUUUACUGCUCA